CUUGGGCAGCAUGCGGCGGCCUGGUGCCCUCCCCAAUCUGGCGGCGCUAGCGAUGGCAGCGUGGAACUACACCAAAUCGAUCGCAGGAUCGCGUGUAUAAAUACACCAGCAAACAACAACCUAUCAGGAUGAACCUCAGUUAAAACGCUAAUCCAGCCUACAAUGGCCCAUCCCUCUCUCAGUGGCUUACCCCUAGAAAUUCGCGAGAGAAUCUACGAAAGCCUCCUCACAAAUACCCCAUCUUCUACAGCCGGUCCAUCAUCCGUCCCAGCAUCCCCUCUCUGCACCCUCCUCACCCUGAAUCGCCAAAUCCACGCCGAGAUAAUCGCAUUCCUCAAAUCCCAACUGCUUGUCCUCCUCAAAACAAAUGACCCAGAAUUCAUCUCAAAAACACUCACCACACAAUGGGGCCCCAGCACCAUGACCUUCGUCUCACAACUUCGCUCCUCAGACUUCUCAGUCCAAAAAGACGCCGCCAACGCCCCAAUUGCCAUGGAGCUCGACUUCCACAUGUUCAUGUCCGACAAAGAAGCUACCAGCACAGCGGCAUUCCUAGUCCCCGCAAGUUCACUCAAGAUGAUGGUGGACGCGCAGGGCAGUCCCAGUUUCUACAUCUGGACCAUGCAGGCGGAGCUCGCCGUCAAUAUGGUAGAUACGUUUUCCCACACACAGGACGAGGCUGAGGAGAAAUUGCUGCGGAAUCCGUAUACCACCGGCUUCCUCCGGCCCUCCUUCGUUGGUGUCUCGACAACAGGCGUAGCCCCGCGCACCGCCACGCUGCUCCGCAAAAAGCUAAAGGGGAAAUAUGAGGCUAGCGGGCACUUGAGCAAGCUUCAGAGCCUGCUGAACUGUGCGGCGGACCGCGCGGAAAACGGCUGGGAAGCUGCGGCGAGAAAGCUCGGCAUGGCGAGGCGGUAUGCGGAGAUGGUGUGGGAGAACCACGAGGAGUGCAUGGCUGCGGGAACGCCGUUCGAUGGGAUUUUGCAGCUGUGGUUGAUGCACAGUAGUGUGUGCGCAGGGACUGUACAGGUGCUGCUGAACAUAGCGACCGGGGCGCCGAUGGGCACAGUACCUACCGGAAACAAGCAGGAGGAUAAUGCUGUAUUUGUGGAAGCGAGGAAGGCUGCCGAGGAGGCGAUUAGGUUUCUGACCGCGAGGCCUGAGUGGGGUAGGCCGAGAACAGCGGAGUUGCCGCGGGCAUUGCUGUUGGUGAGGAAGAGCAAGGCGAAGCUCAGCUUUAGGACGCAUGCGGCGUGCAAGGGGAUGGGUGAUGUGGAUGCAGCCGUGGGGUAUCUGAGGGAAGCGUUGAAGUACGAGCCGGAGACUAGUGACAUGCUGCUAAGGAGGAUUGAGGGGCUGAAGGAAGAGGGCGCAAGGGAUGCAGAGGAUGCACAGGGCGUAUUGAAGUGGGGGUGAAGGAGAGAUCUAGAGAUACAUUAGCCAUGCGAUAGCGGCUCCAUCACAUGACCAGCAUUUCCGAGACAUGAAAAUGCUCAUUACUAUUCUCUAUUCCAUGCCCGACAGCCUACUAUCCAAGCCUGCCGAAGCCUUCGACACCACAAUAUCAUACACUAGCGCUAUAUCCCCCGGGCAUGCCUCUACUCAGCCCCCUCCUCUUCAACCAUUUCCUCGCCUCAUCUGCCCAAAACACACAGCUCGCCACCGCAA